AUGCCAGCGCGGCAUGGUCCUGAUCAACGCGCUUCAAGCUCGGCAUUGACAUCCAAACAACGACAGAAAGUAUCGCGGGCAUGCGAUCGAUGCCGUACCUUCCGCACCAAGUGCGGGGAGAAGCCGUGCCCACGCUGUGUGCUUGAUAAAGUCAGAUGUACGUGGACCUCCAGUCCAGCCGCCAGGCAAAAGUCUAAGACCCUCGUCUCAACCGGAAGAGAGCACCACCCCGAGCCCCGUCCCAGGGACAGUGUUCGACUCGAUGCGUCUCCGGAAAUCUCCCUGGCGCCGGUCACCGUCGGCCGACCGCAAAUGCCCUCAGCCCCUGCCGGUAGUGCCACUGAGAUUAUUCCUAAUCAUGGCCGCGUGAAGCUGGACGAGCACAUGGAGCCGCUCAACCGCCCGGCGUAUGUCUUCGUCAAAAUCGAUGCCUUCUUUGCCGAUUCUAGGACCACGUCGCGCACCUCCACGCACGGAGCAAUGGCGGAUCUGAAAACUGCAUAUCCGGGUCCGUUUCCUGAUCUGCCGAAUAUUGCAGCGUUGGCGGACAGGCAACCUCCCUGCAAUGAGCACUUGACGGAGGAUCAACAAAUGUAUUUUCUGAGAAUGUUUUGGGAAGCAUAUCAUCCGCUCUUGCAAGUUUCUGAUGAAGCGGAAUUCCAAUCGCUGUUGGAUUUGGAUCGGCGACAAGAUUCCGAGGUUGGGAGAUUGACCAAGGCAUUGGUAAAUUGUAUGACGGCUUUAGGAAUCCAAUACAGCCAUGGGGCCGGCCUAACUUCCCGCAUCCUGACUUUGCGCCGUUGUGCGGUCAAUAUCUCGUCAGUAGGGUAUGGAUAUUUCCGUCGCUGCCGCGAUUAUAUCGCCCUUCUGACCGAGCCCACACUCCUAUCGAUGCAAUGCUACGCUCUGAUGUCUUUGUAUCUCAUGAAUCCAUAG